AUGGCACCUUCUCUUGCUUUGAUUUGUGUGCGGACAGAGGAGGUAUUUGGACGCAGGGCUUGCCUUUGGCAGCUCAGAGUUGCUGAAGCUUUUCUGCUCCGAGAUCGUGAUAUUAUUUGCAUUGCUGGGACUGGGAAGGGCAAAACUCUUACAUUCUGGAUGCCUCUACUAUUUGAUUCCACCAGUAUACAAGUCGUGAUUACUCCUUUGAAUUUACUUGGCGAACAAAAUGUCAUGGACCUCAAAAGAGCGGGAAUUUCAGCUAUAUCUACACAUGCAGACACUGCUACAGCACAUAACUUUCAGGCAAUAGAGAACCUCGAGUAUCGAGUCAUCGUUAUCAGUCCUGAACAGGUUAUGAAGGAUGAGGAUGGUGGAGGAUUCGAGAGGCUACUCAAAAAUCCUUUGUUUGUGUCACACCUGAUGGGUGUGGUUAUAGACGAAGCUCAUUGUGUCAGCUCAUGGGGAGAAUUUCGCCCAGAAUACAAGGAGCUUGGUAGACUAAGAUUCAUCCUCUCCCUGGACAUACCAUUUCUUGUGACGUCUGCAACUCUCUCCUCGUCCAUGCUGCAAGAUGUCACCAGACUUCUCCAUCUACAGAGCGGGGACAAACUCAUCACUAUUUGUCGAAGUAUAGAUUGGCCAAAUAUAAAUAUUGGAGUAAAGCCCAUCCAGGGAACAUACCAAAGCUUCGCAGACCUCACAUUCCUCAUUCCCGACCAGUGGAAACUCGGAGACCCACCCCCUCCUAGGUUUCUCGUCUUCUUUGACAAUAUAAACAAUUCUAUUGAGGCUGCAAAGUUCCUGCAGUCAUGUUUGCCACAAGAAUGUCAAGAUAAGGUCAAGUGGUUUAACGCUGACAUGACGAUGCACUUCAAACAAGACGAGGUGAAGAAUUUUAUUGAAGGAAUCACAUGGGGGUUUUGUACGACAGAAUCCUUUGGAAUGGGCAUUGAUAUCAGUGAUAUUUGCAUUGUGAUUCAGUGGCAGGCAACGUGGUGUUCACUGUCUACUAUAUGGCAGCACUUUGGUCGUGCAGUUCGAAAUAUGUCAUUGGAUGGGACUGCGAUACUGUUUGCUGAGAAGGAGUACUUUGAUGUAUAUAAAGCAGAGAAAGAGAAAUGGAGAGUGGAGCGAGCAAAAAGAAAGGUUACAUCUUCAAAGAAACAGCGCAUUGUUACUACUGGCGAAAAUGGUCCUGUUGCCGCCGUGAACAUUCCAACAGGAGAAGAGAAAUCUGAUGGAUCUGAUGGAUCUGAUGACAAGAUAGAAAUUAGCAGCACUCACAUUCAGCAAACUCACGCUGGUGAUACAAUGGAUACCUGGCAAUUAUGGGUGAAGAUGGAGGUGCCUAGAGAAACAAACAUUAGCCAGCCUCAACGGAAGACCUCCCAACAAACUGGACUUGAGCCAGCUAUGGACAACUUCAUUAACGCUGAUAUGCGUCCUGGGAUUGGUUGUUGUCAUAAGGUACUGAACGUGUUUUUCAAGAAUGAGGAAGUGGGUGAGACUUACUUUACCUGGCUUACUUCGAAUUCCCUGCCUGAUUCAUUGUUAAAGAAUCUGAUCAUCACCAAUGUGAUGCUCUCUUGA